UGGUACUCCAAAGAAACAGAAGCAGUGUAAUUGCAAAAGUUCUCGUUGCUUAAAGUUGUACUGUGAAUGUUUUUCUUCUGGGGUUUAUUGUGCUGGUUGCAACUGCACAAAUUGUCACAAUAUUGUUGAGUAUGAGGCUACUAGGCAAGAGGCAGUUAGAGCAACCUUAGAGAGAAAUCCAAAUGCAUUCAGACCAAAGAUUGCUAACAGUCCACAUGGAGCAAACGUCGGCAGGGAAGACACAGGUGAGGUUACAAUGGUUGGGAAACACAACAAAGGAUGUAACUGCAAGAAAUCUGGGUGUCUGAAGAGGUAUUGUGAGUGUUUCCAGGCCAACAUUUUGUGCUCUGAAAAUUGUAAAUGCAUGGACUGCAAGAACUUUGAAGGAAGUGAAGAGAGAAAAACUCUUUUUCAUGGUUACCAUGCCAAUGUCAUGGCCUCUAUCCAACAGGAGGCUAAUGCGGCUAUUAAUAGUGCUGUUGGAUAUUCUGUUUUUGGGACGUCUACAGAAACCAAGAGGAGGAAUUAUCGACAACUAAUAUUUGUAUCACGUUCCAAUGAUCAACCUAAUAACAAGAUCGCACAAUUUCAGCGGGUAUUCUCUUAUAAGCACUUGAAUAUAAGAAAACUUUGUCUUGUUGGUUUUUGUUUAAUCAUUGCUGUUUGCCUCAAUGAACCUUGUUUGACAUCAUUGGAUGCCUCUGCUUCCCCGGUACGUUUGCCUGGCUCUGCUACUGCAACAGUGUGUGGACCUUCAAAGUCGACAUACAGGUCUCCAUUAUUAGAUGUUCUCCUGGCACAGGAUGUGAAAGGGCUUUGCUCUCUUUUGGUUGUAGUUUCAGCUGAAGUUGCAAAGACACUCGCAGAUAUGACAUCUGGUGUGGAUGUUAGUAAAUUUGCAUGCAUCAAGUUUUUGUGA